UAUACUGAUCUUCUUCAAAAUUCCUCGUUUUGAUUUUUAUAUCUCGUUUAUUCUGAGAUGGCACCAUUAUAUUUUCAAAUACUUCAAUCUCCUUUUUUGGUAUGAUUUCUUUGCAGCAAUUUCUUUUCUUUCAUUAUGGUGAAAGCUACCAUCUUGCUCUCUAAUUCUUAACUAUUAUACUUACAUUGUAAACCUUGUACACAUGCUUUGGAAAUACUGUACUUAAUCUAAUUAUGGCCAUGCCAAAUAAAGCAAUUUACAAUUUGAGAGCCAGUGAGGGAGAGAGUAAAGGUAAAUGAGUGAAAGCAAGAGGGAGCAGAAGAGGGAUCAGAAUGGAAGGGGAGUAAUUGAAUUGUAACUGAGGCUUUGGUAAUAUUGUUUAUGCAACACUCACGCUCCUAAGGCAUGCUGAAUUGUUGAAGUUAAAUUGAAUGAGGGAGAUAAAAGAGCGGUAGAGACUUGGACAUGAGUGGAAGAGCGAGAGGGUGCCAGAAAUGAAACAAGGAGGAUUUUAAUGGGAACCUUUAACUGCUUCAUCAACAUAUAGGCGAAUUGCCUGUUAUACCAAUACAGCAUAGCCUAUUUGAUUUUGAAAAGAGAGAGAGAGAGAGAGAGAGAGAGAAAGCGAGAGAGAGAGAGAGAUGCUCUGGCUUUGCUUUCAUCAGUCACAUCUCGCUGUGGGAGGGGGAUUGAAGCGACUGCCUCGGAGCUCUCCGGUAACAGAGACAGUAGACGGCACUGACUCAUACUGACGGUCCACACACAGCACAUUUUAGACUCUCCCUGACCUGCAACCUGACAGGAGGAUGAUGAUGAAGACAUAAAGGAACUUUCAACUGGUUUAUUGGUUGUUUUGAAUCCUCUCUUGGCAGCAUAUUUCUCUUAAUAUUUGGGCAUCAGAUAAAGUCAGAAUGCAUGUUAUUUAUUCACCAACGCCAGAUGGCGGUGAGUUGAAAUAUCACUGAAACACAUCUGAGUGUGUUGGGACGGGACAAGGUGUUUUUUCCUCACCUUUUUCUUAACAACUGCGGACGAGAAAACUUCGUUUCUACCGGUGGCGGACCUUCUAUUUUCAUCCUCAUAUCCGACCCCCUUCUCCUUCUCCUCCGCCUCCUCCUCUUCCUCCUCCACCACCUCCUUUUCCUCCUCCAGCCGUCUUCACUUGAUAAAACAACAGCCGACGAAGAGACAAGACGACAGCUUGCCUGCCAGCGGUCAAAGGGAAUCAAAAUAACAAUUUAGUCAACAGCAGCACAGGAUUGGAUCCUCACAAGGAUGCUACUUCAGCACAGACACUACUAGACGGUCCAAACAGCCGCUGCCAAUAUGUUUAGGCGAGGUUAUGGUGGGGUGGAGUUACUCUUGGUGCUGUGCGGCCUGGAUCUCUCUCUGCCCUGCCCUCGCCACUGCAUCUGCUACACUUCACCUAGCACCGUCUCCUGCCAGGACCACAACUUCCAUGCCGUGCCUGAAGGCAUCCCCGCCCAGAGCGAGCGCGUCUUCCUGCAGAACAACAAGAUCCAGCGGCUGCUUCGGGGCCACUUCUCGCCCACCACCACCAUGUUGUGGCUUUACUCCAACAACAUCUCCUACAUACAGCCGUCCACCUUCCACGGUUUUGACCGCCUGGAGGAGCUCGACCUUGGGGACAACCGGCACCUGAAUGCCAUUGCUUCAGACACCUUCCAGGGUUUGGGUAGGCUACAUGCCCUGCAUCUCUACCACUGUGGCCUGAUCAGCCUGCCUCCAGGGAUAUUUGCAGGCCUUCAUAAUCUUCAGUAUCUCUACCUACAGGACAACCAAUUAGAGUUUCUGGAGGAUGAUCUGUUCAUCGACCUACUGAACCUCAGUCAUCUCUUCCUGCAUGGCAAUCGACUGUGGAGCCUUCGCCAGAACACUUUCCGUGGUCUGGGAGUCUUAGACCGUCUGCUUCUCCACCAGAACCGAAUCCAGUGGGUUGACCGCCAGGCUUUCCAUGACCUGCGGCGCCUCACCACCUUGUACUUGUUUAAUAACUCCCUGACUGAGCUGUCUGGUGCCAGCUUGACGCUACUGCCAGCCCUGGAAUACCUACGACUUAACGACAACCCCUGGGAGUGUGACUGCAAGGCCCUGUCACUUUGGGAUUGGCUGCGGAGGUUCCGAGGCUCCACCUCCUCUCUGAUGUGCGUUUCACCACCAGAGCUGGCGGGGAAGGACCUGAAGGCACUGAAGAAAGAGGAGCUGCCCAGUUGCUUGUCAGGCGAGGGUCAUGCACAUGGGGCCCCAGGUGGGGAGAUGGAGCAUGGAGAGUCUUUGAACCACCUGAAUCGUCACAGAAACCAUCACAACCACCAUCAGCGGCCGUACUUGCCCCACGGGGACCAGUACAGCUUGCCUUCACCAUCACCCCUGCCGCGGCCACCUAAGGGAGGGCGCAGAAACUGUACCCGCCGGGGCCGCAAGGCAAAAGGGGGGCUCAAUGAGGUGCAGGUACUACGGGAGGGGGGUGAGAAAGACUAUAAUCCAGAUGAAGGCAAAUAUGACCUGUCUGCAACUGCAAGGAGGAAGAACAAGUGCAUCCCCAGAACUUCUGUCGGCCCACCAAGUGGGGUCCAGAGAGCUAAUAAUAAAGCAGGAUCAUACCUUGCAGAUUAUAUUUUCUGUUUACCAUCAGCUCUACUGCUGUCACUCAUUUCCGUGAUCUUACGCUGAGACAGGGUAUGGAUACUUUUUGCUGGGAAUGCAACCUUAUGAUUCAUUCUCCUGUACCACCCUGCCCUGGCUCUUUUAAUGAGACAUGUGUGCAUAACUGUGCGUGUACAUGACCGUGUACAAAAGAACAUUUGCAAAUAUCUACUGUCAAAGUAGCCCUGCGGUAUUAAGGCAGGCAUCUUCAUGAGUCAUAAUCAAAACAUGGAAGUCAGGGAAAACAAUUUAGCCCAUUGCUUUGAUGAUGUCACCCAGGGAAACAACAGGAAAACUAUACAUUUGUCUCUGUGGCAUCACUUGCUUCACUGAAAUGUACUUGUAAAAACUUUACAGCCACAUAAAAUAACAAGCCAAUCCCUUAUUCAAAUAAUAGUGAGAAGAACACACAGUAAGGAUCAAAACAGUCCCUAUGUUUAGCCCUCUUGACACAAUAGUGCUCUCUCAGCGCGCCCUCCAUCUGUCACUCAUGCUGAGACAAAGACACAGUCAUUCAUAACUGUCACUCAACACACUCAACAAUAACUUAAGAUCCAGAAAGAAAAUACUGCAGAAAGAAGUAGCAGUAAAAUGAUCAUCGUUUUAGUAGUAAUAACUAUAAUAAUUAUUUAUUACUAAUGAAGUGGUUUUACUUACAUGUCUCGCAGUAAGGUGAACCUACUAAAAUGCACAGCUGUAUCCUUGGCUUUUAGUCUAAACUCUGAAAAACACCACUGGAGUUGUGACACAUCUAUAUAACGGACAAUUAUUCAAACUAGUCCUUUUAAAAGGUGUCUGUUGUCCUUGCCAUUGCAACCCAUCAACUUUAAAAGCCAUUCAGAACUAACCUAUCAUCAUAAGAGCCAACCAGUCACAGGCAGUGUAAAUGAGAGAGUGAGCGAACGAGUUUAUGUGUUACUGUUUGUGUGAGUGCGUUUCAACUGAAAAACAAAACAAAACACUAAAGCCAUGCGGGUAGAACGACAAUAUGAUAGCAAGCGUGCCUAUUGAGAGCCAGUGGCCAAUGAGGACAAACCAUGGAGGUACGGGGGUGGUUUUAUUCACUCUUUGACCUCGCUGGCUACAAAAUAGAGGCCUCAAAGAGCCUGAAAGGUCAACUCAUGUAGGCCAAGGAAAAGCUGAGGCCAGAGCCAGCCUGGCUCACAAAACUUCAGACUCCCAUAAACUGUUAUGCACUUUCUUCUUUAAUGCUGUGGAGGCUAACGGGGAAAACAAUUUCCUUCAAACAGAGAUGAUUCAAUCCAAAUAAUCAGACGGAGGGUUUCAAAUGCUGGAAAUGCCCCACCAUCAGGGAGGAGUACUGACAGCUCGACAAUAUAUCUCCUGCAAUUGCUGAAACUGGAAAAUAAAUGCAGUUCAGAAUCUGUGAUGAUCAUCACAGGGCAAAGUGACUUCUUCUGAAUUUUUUCCUUUGUCCUCUCUGGGGUGUUUAGUGUGCUCCGAAACAGAUGGACUUAACAAUCUACAAGCCCUGAUUGGAGAGUUGGAUAUUAAUGCUGCUAUGUCCGAGAAGAGCCCUUUCUGAGGCUCGGGAUUCUUCUUUAGGAAAUAACAAGGACAGAGAGGACUAUGGGACACAGUGCCCUGUAUGAACUGGAGCGGUUCAAGCACACACACCCCCCUAAUAAAGCCCGAUCACCUUCACAGCCUUCCGAUCCCACUGCAAACCACUAACCCCUGUCAGUCCAGGGCUUCAAAUCCUAGAGCACAGCACCACAAAUGCUGUCUAGAUUUUGCCCCAAGACCUGAACUAUUUCACCCAAGGUCUCAAGUGCUCGAUUACAAUAGGUGAAGCCUGUACAGUUACACACGGACCAUCCGGGUACUUUCACUAGCCAGUAAUGCUAAAAGUCUCUUUAUUUCUUAUAGCAUUGCACAGUUAUGAAUUUUUCUUUUAAAAUGAGCUACCCUUGUAUGCAAAGGAUGGCCUAGCUAAAAAGCUAAAAUCACGAUAUGCUGACAAAAAAAGCACAAGAAAAUGAUUUGUUUGGUUGGCUGGCAACCUGAAAAUGCGAGUUCUGGAUGGGAAUCCGAGAGCAGGGGUCACAUCUGUACCCUGCUUGUGUGUGUUUCCUGUGGAGCCCCAACUUUUUGUGUCUAUCUAUCUAAAUGUUGGGGACGAACAGAGCCUGUCACUGGUGUCGUCCUCCCGACAUGUAGGAUUAGAGACCCCUACUGGUGAACUUGUUUGUGCUGCUGUGAACCCAGAGGUGAUGUAAAUUGUGUCUUGUUUAUUCCUGUGAGGAUGAUUAUUUUGUAAAAAAAAAACAAAAAAGAAAGAGAGAAAAAAAGAAAAGAUGAUCAAAGAGAAACUCUCAUUGUGUCUCGGUAGUUCCCUGAAAAAAAUAAACAGGGAGCUACGGGCUGGAGCUAUAUUUUUUAUUUACUAUGAUUAUUAUCAUUAUUUCACUUCUGUCUUUUUGUUUUGCUGAGUCAUUCAAGAUAAACGGUACACCGCACUGUCCCCUCUUGCUCCUCCUCUAUUCUUCAAUAUCCUCCUCAUCCCUCUGUCUCUCCCUCCCUCUCUGUCUGCUUAUUCUCUUCCCUCCCUCCCCAACUUCUCUGCUCCUUUCUCUUCCACCCUCAUUGCUCCCUCCUUCCCCUCCUCUAUCUCUCUUAUUCUUUUCCUCUCCUCUCUUCCUUUGUGCAACCCAAAUGUUUUGUAUGUGGUUAUCAAACAAUGCCAGACUCAAAAGCUGUUUAUAAAUAACAUUAAACAGAAAGU